AAUAAAAGAGCUUUUUUACUCUCCGAUUCCUCAAUGGCAGAUCCACUUGGACCCAUGUACCAUUGAAAGAUCCAAACCCCUUUGGGUUAGAAAUUACGUUUCUUUUUUUUUUUUGCUUUUUACUGAAGCAGAUAAUGGAGACCCGUUUUAGAUCCGGGUUUUGUGUUCUUAUCGUUCUCGUCUUCGUGGGACUUUGUGGGGUUCGUUCCGUUUGUGCCGAAAAUCGAAGACCUAAAAAUGUCCAGAUUUCUGUUCAGGCCAAGUGGUCCGGAACUCCAUUGCUUUUGGAAGCUGGUGAACUAUUAUCUAACGAAUGGAAGGACUUUUUCUGGGACUUCAUUGAGGUAUGGCUUCAUUCGGAGAACGAUGAUGCUGAUUCUUAUAGUGCGAAGGAUUGUCUCAAGAAAAUUUUAAGACAUGGACGCUCUCUUUUAAGUGAACCAUUGGCCUCGAUAUUCGAAUUCACUCUUACUUUGAGAUCAGCUUCCCCGAGAUUGGUGCUUUACCGACAAUUAGCCGAGGAGUCUCUUUCAUCUUUUCCUUUGACUGAUGAAACCACUCAAAAUAGUCUUGGCGAGGGAAUUUCAGAAACAAAUGAGCAGUUGCAAACAAAAAAGUCAGAUCCCUUAAGUGUUGGUGUGAACCCAAAAAGCCCCAACGGAAAAUGUUGCUGGGUAGAUAAUGGGGGCACCUUAUUCUUUGAUGUUGCAGACUUGCGAUCAUGGCUUCAGAGCUCUAGUGACCCAGCUGUAGAUUCAUUUCAGCAGCCUGAACUCUUUGAAUUUGAUCACAUUCAUGUUCAUUCAAGUGCUGGAAGUCCAGUUGCUAUUCUUUACGGGGCUCUUGGAACCGAUUGCUUUCGCGAGUUUCAUUUCACCUUAGUAGAAGCUGCUAAAGAGGGAAAAGUUAGGUAUGCUGUCAGACCUGUAUUACCUUCUGGCUGUGAAGCGAAAAUUGGCCAUUGCGGUGGUGUUGGUACACGAAAUUCUUUAAACUUGGGCGGUUAUGGUGUGGAGCUUGCUUUGAAGAAUAUGGAAUAUAAGGCUAUGGACGAUAGUACAGUAAAGAAAGGUAUCACAUUGGAAGAUCCUCAUACUGAAGACCUCAGCCAAGAAGUUAGAGGGUUCAUAUUUUCUAAAAUUCUGGAACGCAAACCUGAGCUGACAUCGGAGAUAAUGGCUUUCAGGGAUCACCUAUUAUCAACAACAAUAUCUGAUAUGCUUGAUGUUUGGGAACUAAAAGAUUUAGGACAUCAAGCUGCACAGAGGAUUGUGCAGGCUUCGGAUCCUCUGCGGUCAAUGGAGGAAAUCAAUCAAAAUUUUCCCAACAUUGUUUCUUCUUUAUCACGGAUGAAGCUUAAUGAUUCAGUCAAGGAUGAAAUAACUGCAAACCAGCGAAUGAUCCCGCCUGGAAAGUCUUUAAUGGCUCUGAAUGGUGCUUUGAUCAAUAUCGACGAUGUGGACCUUUAUUCGUUGGUUGACUUGGUGCAUCAGGAUUUAUCAUUGGCUGAUCAGUUUUUAAAAUUGAAGAUUCCUCAUUCCUCUGUUCGGAAACUCCUGUCAACUCUGCCUCCCCCAGACUCCAGUAUGUUCCGUGUUGAUUUUCGCUCAAAUCAUGUCCAUUAUCUCAAUAAUUUAGAAGAAGAUGCGAUGUAUAAGCGAUGGAGGAACAAUAUAAAUGAGAUUUUGAUGCCAGUUUUCCCUGGUCAGCUACGGUACAUUCGCAAGAACCUUUUUCAUGCUGUUUAUGUUAUUGAUCCGGCUACCAUAUGUGGUCUUGAGUCAAUUGACAUGAUAACAUCUUUGUAUGAGAAUAGUUUUCCCAUGAGAUUUGGGGUCAUACUAUAUUCGUCGAAUUUGAUCAAGCAAAUUGAAAAGAGUGGAGGUGAAAUAAAUACUUCUGUGGAUGACAACGGUUUGAAUGAGGAAGAUUUAUCUAGUUUGAUCAUACGUCUCUUCCUUUAUGUUAAGGAAAAUCAUGGAAUUCAAACAGCUUUCCAGUUUAUGAGCAAUGUAAAUAAAUUGCGGAUUGAAUCAGAUGGUCCUGACGAUGAUGCUAUGGAAAGGCAGCAUGUGGAAGGAGCAUUUGUAGAAACUAUCUUGCCAAAGGCAAAAUCUCUUCCUCAAGAUUUGUUACUCAACCUACAAAGGGAAAAAACUUUUAAGGAAUUGUCUGAAGAAAGCACCAUGCUUGUCUUUAAGCUGGGCCUGGCGAAGCUUAAGUGUUGCUUGUUAAUGAACGGACUCGUCUUUGAUACUAACGAGGAGUCUCUUAUGAAUGCAAUGAAUGAUGAGCUUCCAAGAAUACAGGAGCAGGUUUACUACGGGCAUAUAAAUUCUCACACAGAUGUACUUGACAAAUUUUUAUCAGAAAGUGGUAUUAGCCGCUAUAAUCCACAGAUCAUUGCUGAUGUAAAGCCAAGAUUCAUCUCUCUUUCUGCAUUCAUUCUUGGAGAUGAAGUUGUUCUAAACAAUGUUAACUACCUGCAUUCUCCUGGAACUGUUGAUGAUUUGAAGCCUGUGACUCAUCUUCUUGCUGUUGAUGUCACAUCGGGAAAAGGAAUGAAGUUGCUUCAUGAAGGCUUACGCUACCUGAUGAAAGGAUCAAAGGUUGCCCGAUUGGGUGUGCUAUUUAAUUGCAAUCAUGAUGCUGAUGCCUCUAGCCUCCUCUUUAUGAAAGCGUUUGAAAUCACCACUUCUUCAUUCAGUCAUAAGAAAAAUGUAAUAGACUUCUUGGACCAGUUGUCCUCAUUCUAUGAGAACAAUUUCCUGCCUAUGUCAUCUGAAGCUUCUGGGAGCACUCCGACGUUUAUAGACAAAGUUGCUGAGAUUGCUGUGGCUAAUGGGUUGUCAUCCAAAACCUACAUCACUGCUCUCUCUGAUUUUUCUGCUGAAAAUUUGAGAAAACAUUACAAUAAGGUUACACAGCUUUUAUAUAGGAAAUUUGGGCUUGAGUCGGGUGGCAGCGCUGUCAUUACUAAUGGAAGGGUGAUGUAUCCAAGUGAUGGAAGCACGUUUUUGAGCCAUGAUCUGCAUCUUCUGGAGUCAGUGGAGUUUAAGCAGAGAAUAAAGCUCAUUGUGGAAAUUAUUGACGAAGUGAACUGGCAAGAUGUGGAUCCUGAUACACUAACAAGCAAAUUCAUCAGUGAUAUUGUAAUGUUGGUUUCGUCUUCAAUGGCAAUGCGGGAUCGCAGUUCUGAAAGUGCGCGUUUUGAGGUUUUACAUGCACAACAUAGUGCUGUUAUCUUAGGCAACGAGAAUUCAAGCAUCCAUAUUGAUGCAGUGAUUGAUCCUUUGAGUCAAACUGGCCAGAAGGUUUCUUCACUUCUUCGUGUUUUGUGGAAAUAUGUUCAGCCUAGUAUGAGGAUUGUUCUAAAUCCAAUGAGUUCCCUUGUUGAUCUUCCUCUGAAGAAUUACUACAGAUAUGUAGUGCCAUCUAUGCCAAAAAAAAAGAAGAAAAGUUCUAGCUUGGUAUCUAAGUCUUGCUAUACUUUGCAGGAUGACUUUAGCAGCAUUGACCAGACAAUAGAUGGACCUAAAGCAUUUUUCACAAACAUGCCAUUGUCCAAAACUCUGACCAUGAAUCUUGAUGUUCCUGAGCCAUGGCUUGUUGAGCCUGUGAUUGCCGUCCAUGACAUGGACAAUAUUUUACUUGAGAAUGUUGGUGACACGCGAACAUUGCAAGCGGUAUUUGAACUUGAAGCUCUUGUUCUAACUGGUCAUUGUUCUGAGAAAGAUCAUGAUCCUCCCAGAGGCCUUCAACUGAUUCUUGGCACUAAGACUACACCCCACUUGGUUGAUACUCUUGUAAUGGCCAAUCUAGGAUAUUGGCAAAUGAAAGUCUCUCCUGGGGUGUGGUAUUUGCAACUUGCUCCUGGUAGAAGUUCCGAGCUUUAUGAUUUCAAGGAAAGUGGUGAUGGAAAUCAGCAAAAGCCGUUGUCAAAGCGAAUCACAAUGGACGAUUUGCGAGGUAAAGUAGUUCAUUUGGAAGUAGUGAAAAAGAAGGGAAAGGAGCAUGAGAAGUUGCUGGUAUCGGAUGACGAUGACAGUUCACAGGAUGACAAAAAAGGAAACAGCUGGAACUCCAACCUUCUGAAAUGGGCUUCUGGUAUUAUUGGUGGCAGCGAGCAAUCAAAGAAGAGCAAAAGCACAUUAGUGGAGCAAGGAAAGAGAGGACGACAUGGAAAAACAAUAAAUAUUUUUUCAAUAGCUUCUGGACACUUAUACGAACGUUUUCUGAAAAUCAUGAUUCUGAGUGUCCUGAAGAACACUAAUCGUCCAGUUAAAUUCUGGUUCAUAAAGAACUACCUCUCACCUCAGUUCAAGGAUGUGAUACCUCAUAUGGCUCAAGAAUAUGGUUUCGAGUAUGAGCUUGUCACGUACAAGUGGCCGACAUGGUUGCAUAAGCAAAAAGAAAAACAACGAAUUAUUUGGGCUUACAAAAUCUUGUUCCUAGAUGUCAUCUUUCCUCUUUCUUUGGAAAAGGUCAUUUUCGUUGAUGCGGACCAGGUUGUCAGGGCAGACAUGGGAGAACUCUAUGACAUGGAUAUAAAAGGAAGGCCGCUAGCAUAUACUCCUUUCUGCGAUAACAACAAGGAUAUGGAUGGAUAUCGAUUUUGGAGACAAGGUUUCUGGAAAGAACAUUUACGCGGUAGACCAUAUCAUAUCAGUGCUUUGUACGUUGUUGAUUUGAAGAAAGUCCGGCAGACUGCAGCAGGGGAUAAUCUUAGAGUUUUCUAUGAAUCUCUUAGUAAGGAUCCGAACAGUUUAUCCAAUCUGGAUCAGGAUCUUCCAAACUAUGCGCAGCACACAGUACCCAUCUUUUCACUGCCACAAGAAUGGCUGUGGUGUGAGUCAUGGUGCGGUAAUUCCACAAAGUCAAAGGCAAAAACAAUUGAUCUUUGCAACAAUCCUAUGACCAAGGAACCAAAGCUUCAGGGUGCCAGAAGAAUUGUUUCCGAGUGGGUAGAUCUAGAUUUGGAGGCUAGACAGUUCACUGCGAAGAUCUUAGGCGAUCAAAUAGAUGAGGCGACGCCUCCUCAGUCACAGGAUCCAAUCACGGCAGACCAGUCACCGGAGGACCUUGAAUCGAAGGCAGAAUUGUGAGAAUACGCGUCAACACAUAUUUGCUUCAAUAUGGCCCUCUUAGAGUGCGACCUAGGCAUAUCCGGUAACAGUUCACCUCAUUCAACAAUUAUACUGCAAGAUUUAAAGGGGCCUCUAGGUGAUACAAAUUUUGUAAGUUCCAUUAAUCUGUUUCUUGAUCAGUUUUAAUCAAUAAUAUAAGGAAUUUUGUUAACAAUUGCACCAUUUGAUUGCAAUAUAAUUUUCUUAAAUGUAAACGAAUUAAACAUGUACAGAUUUGUGUUGAGCAUAGGAUUGCUUUAGCCCGUUUAACAUGAUUAUUUCAUAGAUUGUUGUAAAAGUAAAAAAUAAUGGCUAUGGUGGCUGUCCACUUUUUUCUUGACAGAUGAGCGCCGCAACGCGUGAGAAUGCGUAAAUGUAUAGUAAUGCAUAAUAACUUCAAGUUUCAUUAUAUAUAUAGAUGUUUUGCAUUUCAUACCGUGCACUUUUUUUUUUUUUAAACCCGCAACCCCCCAACCAAACUUCACACCACCCAAA